AUACAAACUUCGCGUACAGUCUACAAACCACAGAACCAUGACACUGGAUAAUUCACUUCCUUGUUGGAAAAUAAAACAAUGUACUUAAACAUGGUGUAUGACGGUUGCAUUGGAUCGUUAAGUAUCUUCUCCUUGAUUCUGCUGACAAAGGGAAGUAUCUACAAGAGUUGCGACUUUGAGUUCGGGUUUUGUGACUGGACAUAUCAGGGAUGGACUAGAGUGGGGUUCAAGUCACCACUGGAGAAUACCGGACCUGAAAAAGCUAUUUCUGGACAAUAUUACAUCUACUCACACGGAAGGGAGACUGGGCAUAAUACCACGGCAACGUUAGAAACCAGUGACGUCACGGGACAGACAACUAAGUGCCUGUUGUUUAAUUACCACAUGAGGGGUUUACACAUUGAGAAACUUCAAGUGAAAUGGAAAUCUACGUUAUCAGAAAUUUGGACAAGAGAAAAUCAGCAAGGUGACGAGUGGAACUGCGCCGCAAUAAACGUAUCAACGAGUAAAACCGACAGAUUAUUGUUUAUUGCCUCAACGGGUAGAACAAGCACAGCUCUGUACGAUAUCAUUGGAAUCGACAACAUCAAAAUAGUCUCUCCAACAGGCAGAUUCUGUAUCGACACAGGUUGCAACAUAUCCUUGGAUUUUACUUCGACGACACCGUCACUCGAAUCAACACCGUCAUUCUCUUCAACUGUACCUGUAGCCUUUAAAAUAUCAACAGAAACAGAGACCCCUUGGUUUGAAACCAAUCUGCCUUAUUUAAUUGGAAUACCUACAGCAAUAGUACUCGUGUCAUCCAUUGUUAUUGGAAUCUAUAUUUUCCGAACACAUCAUAAAAGAAGAUCGGCGCCUUCACUACCAAACAUCACAACACCGUUUAGAACUGGUCAGAUGAUAAGUCGGUACCAGAACGAUCCGACACACGGAAACUCGACGACGCAGGAACCGGAGUACGUAUACCCUGACGAUGAGGAACAUUACGAGACGUAUUUGGAUAUAGUUCAUGAUUCAAACGUUUAUUUGGACGUUGUAUCGGAUGAUCAAAAUAGUAUCCUACAGAAUAGACAACACUCAACUGAUGUGUCCGUUAUUCAUACAUAUAAGAAUAUUGAAAAUGACUACGAGGAACCAGUAAAACCUGUGACGUAAUUCGUUAGUAUAAAAAAAUCAGAAAACAAGACAGCCCGUCUCUGUAUUCAGCAUUGUCUACUACUGUAUAUCACGUUUAUUUCGCGAGACCUUGUUUUUUGCAUGGAUACAAAGAUAUAUUUAUUCGCGAGACAUAACUUUCGCGAAUCAUUAUCUGUUGCUUUUAAAAGUCUUCUAUAUGUAAGACUUUAUAGUUUAUACUCUUGCGAAAAUAUGCAAAAAUAAUGUUCUUGCGAAUAAAAUGUGAUUUACAGUAACAUUAAUACGUUACAUCAUAAUCAUUUAAAAUUAAGGGAUUUUCUUUUUCAUCAACGGAUGUGUUUCUCUGUGUCCGGUUCAUCGUGUAAUAUUGGAAUGUUUUAUCCUUUAUAAACAGCUUUAUUUCUGUCUCUGUAUAAAGUAUGAUCAUCUUCCACUACAUUGUUUUAUCCUAUGUUCUUUAAAUUACAUCAACAGAUAUG